AUGUCCGACGGGACCUCACACACUGCCGCCGCGCAGGGCGCCGCGCACCUCGUGUCUCGCUCACAUCAGCACGGACUCUACAGCUUGGGCGAGCUGCGCUGCAUAUUUAGCGUGGCAAAUGAGAACCAGGAAGAGUCUCGCACCUUAUCGUCUCGAGCUUUCGGCCGCAAAGUCAUGGGUCACGUCACCUCGGGGUAUUCUGCGUACUCGAAGCUUAGAGGCUGGCUAGCAAGUUCCCCGGAGCCCACCGCGGCGCUUCUUGGACUCCAGCCUAGAAAGCUGUAG